CUAAUAUAGAAUCUUAUUAAGCUAGAAUCUCCUGAUAAUUCGCAUUUCCAAUAAUAGCCCGAUAUUUUCGCAUUCUCCGUUUCGUUACCAAAAAAAAUUUCAAAGCAUAGCAAAGUCAAGCACACACACCUACCCCCACCUCUCUCCCUAUAUAUAAAUACCUGCAGGAAUCUCUUUAGUGUUACCAAAAAAAAAAAGGUUUAUUAUUCUUUGAGAUUCCUAAGAUAUGUCUUCACUUGCAGAUUUAAUCAAUCUCGAUCUCUCCGAUUCCACUGACCAGAUCAUCGCCGAGUACAUAUGGAUUGGUGGAUCGGGCUUGGAUAUGAGAAGCAAAGCAAGGACUUUGCCUGGACCAGUGACGGAUCCAUCGCAGUUACCGAAAUGGAACUACGACGGUUCAAGCACCGGCCAAGCUCCGGGCGAUGACAGUGAAGUCAUCAUCUACCCUCAAGCUAUCUUCAAAGACCCCUUCAGAAGAGGCAACAACAUCCUUGUGAUGUGUGACGCAUAUACACCGGCAGGAGAGCCGAUUCCGACGAACAAAAGGCAUGCGGCGGCUAAGAUCUUUGAAGACCCUAGUGUUGUCGCCGAAGAAACAUGGUACGGAAUUGAACAAGAGUAUACCUUGUUGCAAAAGGAUAUUAAGUGGCCGGUAGGUUGGCCGGUCGGCGGUUUCCCAGGUCCUCAGGGACCGUACUACUGUGGAGUUGGAGCAGACAAAGCCUUUGGAAGAGACAUCGUUGAUUCUCAUUACAAAGCUUGUCUUUACGCCGGAAUCAAUGUCAGUGGGACUAACGGCGAAGUUAUGCCUGGCCAGUGGGAGUUCCAAGUCGGUCCCACCGUUGGAAUCGCUGCCGCCGAUCAGGUCUGGGUUGCUCGUUACAUUCUUGAGAGGAUCACAGAAUUGGCUGGAGUUGUUCUGUCUCUAGACCCUAAACCAAUUCCGGGAGAUUGGAAUGGUGCAGGGGCACACACAAAUUACAGUACGAAGUCGAUGAGAGAAGAUGGAGGGUACGAGGUGAUAAAGAAAGCAAUAGAGAAGCUUGGAUUGCGUCACAAGGAACACAUUGCUGCUUAUGGUGAAGGCAACGAGCGUCGUCUCACCGGAAAACAUGAAACCGCCGAUAUCAACACUUUCUUAUGGGGUGUGGCAAACCGUGGGGCAUCGAUUAGGGUUGGGCGUGACACUGAGCAGGCUGGAAAAGGAUACUUUGAAGAUCGUAGGCCAGCUUCGAACAUGGAUCCUUACACUGUGACCUCCAUGAUUGCUGAAUCCACAAUCCUUUGGAAACCAUGAAAGAAGAAACCUUGAGCCUCAAGGAAUCUCUAUAAUAUCAGUUCAUGUUCAUUCUUCUAUGGUCUCUUUCUCAUUCUGAAACAGUUCUCAUGUGUUCUUUGUUUAUUAUGUUUGAUUUGAAGUCUUCAAUUUGUUUCUGAGAACGAUAGUUCCUCAACUUUUACUUUCUUCUAUUUCUAAAUCCCUACAUAAUUCAGAUUUUGCUUUUAGAUAGGCCGGGACGUAUGAACUAAUAGUUUUGUCAGACACCAAUACGAGAAUGUACAGUCCAAAUCAAUCAACGGAGUUUAACCGAACUGAGUCCUUU